AUGAAUACAGAUACACGCCGCCAAUUAGAAGCCAAUGCAGUAACUGAUGUGCGGUACCAGUCUGAAAUUAAACAGGGUGCUGGUUACAUCGCAACCAAGAUUAAUGAAAGGGAAACUUCACGAGAAAAUUCGAAUAUGAGUUUACUUGCACAGAAGUUUGAGAAAUUACUUUCUCCAACACCAAGAGAACAACCAACUCCAAACAAAAAUCCAUCCCCAGAUCAUGUUGAUGUUAAACAAGACGGGGACAAUCUAGAGGGGAUCAUGGGAAAGCCGAAAUUGAUGUUGAAGGAGAGGAAGAGAAGUAGUGUUCAUAAUAAGAAGGAAGCUAUUCCUAACAGUACUGCUACUAGUCGUGAGACUGCAGUUGAUGAGAUGGUACUGUGUGAUAUCCUAAGUAGACUCCCUGUGAAGUCACUUAUGCGGUUCAAGUGCGUAUCGAAACGCUGGUGUUCCUUAAUCAAGGAUCCGUACUUUAUAGAUUUGCACUUUAGCAGAUCAAAACUACUUGGGCGUCCUCUUUUCAUCAUUCCACCGCCUAAAAGACGGUCAAAAAAGAGGAUUGUAGCAGGUAUCAGGUGCAAAGGUUAUACAGUGUGUUUCAAGCUUGCUGACUUAUUGUCUGAAGUUACAGGCAGAGCAAUAUUAACCAUUCACAGCAUAAGGACCUUGAAAUCGUUUCACUACACUGAUAUAGUUGGAGCUGUUAAUGGUUUGAUCUGUUUUAGUAACAAACCCGAGGAUUCUGUAUGCGUAUACAGUGUCAGUACCAGAGAGGUAGCGCCAUGGGUUAAGCCGACAUGGAGAGGUAAUGAUAUUUCUGGUGGAAUUAAUGAAGUUCCUACUUAUAGAUUUGGAUUUGAUCCUGCCACCAAGCAUUACAAAAUCAUAUGCAUUACAAUGUCGAUGACAACAUUUGGGAGGUCUUGA